CCCCCACCCCCAUUGGCUGCCCGGGCCUGCAGCGGCCGCGCCCCAGCGCCCAGACGGGAUAAGACGGCGCCCCCACCGCCGGCCACUCUGGACGCCGCAGCCGGACAGAUGGACGCAGGGACGACGGCAGCCGUGGAGCCGCUGACGAUGUCGCAGCUGGAGAAGGCGGCGCUGGCCUUGCUCGACGUGUUCCAGCAGUACUCGGUGCGGGCAGGCGGCGGGCGCAGGCUGAGGAAGGCCGACGUCAAGGAGCUCAUCGGCAGCGAGCUCGCCCACUUCCUGGAGGAGAUCAAGGAGCAGGAGGUCGUGGACAAGGUCAUGGAGACGCUGGACAGUGACGGAGACGGCGAGUGUGACUUCCAGGAGUUUGUGGCCUUUGUGGCUAUGGUCACCUCCGCCUGCCAUGAGUUCUUUGAGCACGAGUGAGGCGAGGCCGCGCAGGAAGCGGAGCGGGGCCGAGCCCCCGGCGCCAUGUAGCUGAUUAGGAAGCUUGACGUGCUUUGUCGAGGAGAUGCCGACCCCCUUUCCCGGGGCUGACCUCGGGGCCCCCAUCCUCCGCUGAUGGUCCGUGCGACGCGGUCACGAUCCUCAGGAGGGCGUGUGCUCCGCCCGCGGUCAGGGCCACACCCCCCCAACAAUGCAGCUGCCGGGACCCCAAGGAUGGCUCUGGACGCCCGUGGGUCCUUGUCCAAAGUACCAAGUUAGAGACGCAGCUCCGCCCUGCAUCCUGUGAGAAGCCUGCCUUUUCCUAAAAUGGGUUCAUUAUCCGUGCGAAGGAAACCCAGGGUCGGGAGGUGGCCUGACAUGUCUGACGCCAGGCGGCCGUGGGAGCUCAGCAAACAGGGCUACAGCACGGGGGGUGGGGGGUCUCCUGGCCGUCGGGGCCGACACCACAUUCUAACCACCUUCAGCGGGUCUCCUGUGCCCCAGGUCACACGUUGGUGCCCUGAGGCAGGAGCGUGGCUCCCAGCAGGGCGUCCACGCCUCUCGGCACACAGGUGUUCUGCAAACAGCCUCUCUGGCCUCCCCUCCUGUCUGGGAAGCGCGGGGGUCGUUCCUCACUCACUUGUGCCGAGACAGGGUCUGCCCCGCAGCGGUCGGUGGAGCCCGAGCACGUGGGAAGCUGGACGUCACACGUGGGUACCCACGAAUCCAAACGCUCAAGUAUUAAGUCACUUCCGGGAAAGUUCAGAUUAACCUUUUCUGCCCCUUUCCCCGCUGCUUCUUUACGUGCACAGACCUGGAAACCCAUAAGCCAAUUGAUAGCUUGUAUUUGCAUCGAAUAAAGAGAGUAUUGUAACGGG